AGAUGACGUCUGGUGAUGUGGCCCUUUAUGUCCUAGCUCUCCAGUCAUCCUGUAAGAAUCCAAAUGAUGUCACAACACUAGGAAAGAAAGUCAACUUGGUCCAGGUCCUAGAAGAAAAGACUAAAGAAGAGAUUGACCAUAUCUAUAAGGCUGGGACUCCCAAGACAACAUACUAUCAGUUGGCUCUGGACACUUUGGCCCUUUGCGUAGAGAAAAGCCCACUUAUGGAAAAUGCCGCUGUCAUCCUUGCCAAGGCAGCACUGGCCGAUGACUUUCAGUCUGGGGGUUAUUUCUCUGUAGGUACUGGUGCUACGGCGAGUUUGGCACUGAACUGUGUAUACGAAGAGAUGAUCAAGCUUAAGGAAGUCCUCCAGGACGCCCUGACCACGAUCACAAAGCAAAUCCUUCAUCAAAAGCAGAGCAAUGGCAUCCUUGGGAACAUCUAUAGCACUGGCCAAGCGAUGCAGGCACUCAGGGUCACUUCCAAGUUCUAUGCUGCUGGGGAGUGGAACUGCCAGGAGACCCUAGACGAAGUGCUGAAAGAAGUGUACCUGGGAGCCUUUAAUAAUCCUGCUGCUGCUUCUCAGAUCCUGCCUUCCCUAGUGGGCAAGACAUACCUGGAUGUGAGAGGCAUCACGUGUUCCCCAGAAAAUGCUCCCACCAUUACAGUAAUUUACACUAUCAUCAAUAAAAUAGUAGGACCCUAUUUCCAGUAUCAGAUCUCAGUGGAAGUACCAAAAGACUCGGUACUGCUCGCUGUCUUAGAAGCAGCUCAGCAAGCUAAACCAAGCCAAUUCAGCUUUCAAACAAAGCAGACCUCCUUUGGGAUUAUGGUUGUUUCCAUCAAUGACAUCAAUGAUAGUAUAAAUCAGAAGACCUACUGGCAGUUCUCGGGUGACAAAGGACCACUUGAAAUAGUUGUCCUCCCUACAUGCUUCUUACCGGAAGUGUCGCUGCUGGAGCGACUGAGGGCUGCACAUCUCGGGAAGAUGGCAGGUUGA